AUGGCGGAAGACAUUAAGGGUGCCAUGCCUGGGUUCAAGACGCAAUCCUUGCACCUCUCCGGCAGCCCAAAGAAGGAGCACGUGGUGGGCUCUACGGCCAAAGUUCAGCCGGAGCUGAAGAAGGUGAAGGACCUCUCCUUGACCACCCACGACCUGGAGGGGGCGCAGCCCAAGGCGAAAGUCUUUACCACAACAAGAACGACCAACCCAUUGACACCCAGGUACAACUUGCAGUCCACCGAGAAGCGGCCUCCAACCCCCACCUCCCAGCGCGUGCACGACGGCGCCUUCCGGGAGACGAUGGACUUCAAGGCCAACUCAACCUCGAGAAUACCAACUCGGGACUACAGCUACAACCCAGCAGAUGGCCGUGACGUUUGGCUGUCCCAGCCCAACAUCAAGAACCGAACAGGCUGCCCCACGCCGAGAGACACCAUGAGGACAUGGAUCUUCCGUUGCCAUGUGAGCCUCACGUUGACCAGCAGCUUUGAUGCAGGCGUGGGAUGUGGCCUGAUGGCUUCCAACAUCAAGGUCUUCCUGCGGGUGCGCCCCGGCAAGGCAGCGCCCGGGUUCAAGGCCAACUCUGAGCAAGGAGUCGUGAGCUUUGAGCUUGAGAAAACCUCGCCAGAGCAUGAGGUCAACAACCAGAAGACUUUGUACAACUUUCAAUUCGAUGGCGUCAUGGGGAUGGACACCAAGCAGCAGGAUGUGCUCGAUAUAGUUGCCCGACCUGUGGUGGAGGAUGUUCUCAAGGGCGUGAACGGCACCAUAUUUGCCUAUGGACAGACCGGUAGCGGCAAGACAUUUACCAUCACCGGGGGCACGGAGCAUUACGAGCAGCGUGGACUGAUCCCCCGGACGCUGAGGUUGAUGUUUGAGGCAUUCCGCAAGGGGCCAGCUCAGUAUCGGAUGUACAUAUCCUACCUGGAGAUUUACCAGGACAGUGGGUAUGAUUUGCUCCGUGAUGACAGCGCUCGGAAGCUGGAAGACUUGCCCAAAGUGGUGCAGCGCGAGGACGAAGAUGGGAACAUGCACUUGCGUAACCUCUCCGUGAACCUGGCCGCCUCAGAAGAGGAUGCCCUGAAUCUCCUAUUCUUGGGCGACACAAACCGAGUCGUGGCAGAAACUCCAAUGAAUGAUGCGAGUACUCGCUCGCAUUGCCUCUUCAUCAUUUGGGUGGAUUCCACGCAGGAAGGCAGCGAUGUUGUGCGUCGCUCCAAGCUCCACUUGGUGGAUCUGGCCGGGAGUGAGCGGGUUUCUCAGACUGGGGUCAAUGGCAAGCUGCUGCAGGAAGCCAAGGCUAUCAACCUGUCGCUCCACCACCUGGAGCGUGUGAUUGUAGCUCUGCACUCCCGCACCAAGGGCACCCAGGUGCAUGUCCCCUACCGAGAUUCCAUGAUGACCAGCGUGCUCAGGGACUCCUUGGGAGGAAAUUGCCGAACCACCAUGGUUGGCUGCAUUGCUGCUGAGGCCUCCAAUCUUGCCGAGUCCAUCUCGACAUGCCGUUUUGCCCAGAGGGUCGCCCAGAUUACCAACAAUGCCCGCGUGAAUGAGGAGCUGGACCCCAGUCUGCUGAUUGCGCGCCUGAAGCGUGAGGUCUCCGAGCUGAAAGAGGAGGUGAGGGUCGCGCGCAUGAGCGAGGAUGGCCAAGAGUCUGAGGUGAUCACACCAGAGGCGCUCGAUCAUUGCAAAGCUUUGGUUCAGCAAUACGUCGCGAAAGGUGUGGAGUCUGAGGAGCCCUUCAUGUGCGGCUCCAUCGAAAGGCUCCGUGCUUCCUUCAAGAUUCUGCGGGACAUGUGCCUGGAUCAUCCAGGCGAAUUGCCAGCUGCAGAUGAAGGACGCGCGGCGGCACUGGAGGCAGAGAUCAAGAAGAUGAAGCUCGAGGUGGCCCAGCGAGACCAGGAGAUUGCGGUAAUGGUCAAGAUGCUGACCAAACAGCGUGGAGCUGAGCGACCCUUCAUCGCGGCCCAUCAAGCCACGCAGCCAGCGCCGACGGUCGAGCUGAACCAAACAAGGCCGCUGGUCACACAGGCGGCUGAGAGCUCGCCCCUGGCGGCCACCACCAAAGUGCCGGAGGCUUCGCCGAAGGCGCCAGAGGCAGGGAGCAGCGCUGCUCUCCCGAAGUCGGCGAAAACCGCGGCUGCACGGGCGACGCAGCCAUCGAUGUCGCCGGAGGAAGCGGCGGAUUUGCUGCUGGACAAGCAGAAAGCCCUGGAGGUCUUCUGGGACAAGGUCUACAAGCCCCCAGAGGCCUUCAAAGAGAACAAGGCAUUGCUCAAGGACAAGAUUGAAGAGGCCCAGGCAAUCGGCAAGGAGGCUCUGCAGCUGAAGACGGAUAUUGACUCUGUCAAGACAAAGCUCUUGAGGCUGCGCACCGAGAGGGCCAUGACGGCGGCGGGCAACGAUUCUGCAGUGGAAGAUGGGCCCGAGGAAGCUGCAGAGGUUCAGGCCAUCGAGCGUCUCAAGGGCCUUUACCGGGAGAAGACCGCGGAGUUGCGCCGCGUGAAGAGUGAUGUGGAGGGCAUUCAGAAGAUGCUGGAGCAGAACCAGGCGAAAGUGCGCCGGGAGUUCGAGAAUUGGUUUUCCGGCCUGCGAGGCCGAGCGCACAUGUCAAGAUUGGACGAGGAGAAGAAGAAGGAGCUGUUCGACAAGGUCACUGGAUCAAGUGGUGCCGGCACGCCCGUGUCCAAAGAAGGCGCACCAGAGAAAGUUUCACCCUCGGCAACCUCAGCCUCGAAGAUCGUGCUGUCGAUGCCACCAUCGGGGACCGCAGCGAGCGAAGAGAAUAUGGCAGCAUACUAUGCAGCCUUUGGCGAGCUGUCUCGAAGAGGAUAA